GAGAGACAGAGAGAGAGAGAGAGAGCCACAGUAAGGUUGUCACUGGUUUCACCGGUCAUAAACUGAACAGCACACAAGAUUACCACACAGCACAAUGUGAAAAACAUUUGGGAAAGAGACAGAUCUUUUAUCUCUAAAACUGAAAAACAGAUGAACGUGGUACCUUCAGGCGUUUGGAAAUUGCUCCCAAGGAUGAACCAGACUUGUCAACAAUUGCUGAUUUCCCCAUGAUGUCAAGCAAAGAGGCACUGAGUUUGAAGGUAACAGUGAUUGUAUUACCGCUUUACAGUGACGUCUUGCUUGCAGAGUUAUUGCGGACUCGAAGAACGUGCACGUUCACGCCAACAAUGCGCGUUCACACAUACCCACAGUGACCAAAGAGGGUUCGUUACAGUUGGGAGGGACUGACUCAGAAAGUCACAUCAUCUUCUGCUCCAACUAUGACAGUGUGGGGGUCCAGAGUGAAGCGCUACAUGGGGCCUAACGUCUACACGGCUCCCCCAGAUGGUGGCUGGGGCUGGGUGGUGGCGGUCUGCUUCUUCCUGGUGGAAGUGUUCACCUACGGAGUCAUCAAGAGCUUGGGCAUCUUCCUCCAGGACCUGAUGGGGGAGUUCGGGGAGAGCAACAGCCGAGUGUCUUGGAUCAUCUCCAUCUGUGUCUUCACUAUGACUUUCACUGCUCCUCUUGCUUCUAUAAUGACCAACCGAUUUGGGUUCCGGCCAGUUGUUAUGAUUGGUGGACUCCUCAUCUCCAUAGGAACCAUCGCCAGUGGCUUCACCAACUCCAUCAACGAGAUGUACAUCACCAUCGGACUCGUUGCAGGUCUGGGGUACUGUCUGACCUUCCUGCCCACCGUCACCCUACUGUCUCAGUACUUCUCCCAGCGACGCUCCCUGGUCACAGCUGUCGCCUCCACGGGAGAGUCCUUCUCUGUGUUCGCCCUCGCCCCAGCAUUCUCUGCUCUGAGGGACUGUAUCGGCUGGCGUUACACUCUGGUGGUGAUCGGAGCUCUGCAGGGCAUCAUCAUCAUCUGUGGAGUUUUGCUAAGACCCAUCUUCAUCAGACCUGGACCAGCCACGGAGACAGAGACAGGUGGACUGGCUGACCAAGAGCUGAAGGCUCUGGAUACUCUGAACAGACAGGAGGAGUCCUACACUAAGGAGAGAUUGUACACUAAGGACAGUUCAUAUGCUAAGGAUAGCUCUUACACACUGCAGAGUUCCUACUCUCAGGAGAACAAGCUGACUCAUUGUUACUCCCUGAGCUCUGGAGAGUCUGAGGACUCUGGGGUCCAGUCCCUCCAUCACCAGGUCCUGAAUGAUGGUAGCAAGGCAGGGGAGGAGAUUCCUCUGAAGGGGAAAGAGGAGAAGGGAGAAAAGGGGGGGAAAGAGAGAAGAGAGAAGGAGGCGUCUUCACAGCUGUGCUUAGGAAGCAAGAAGGAGAUGGAGAAGGAUGAGGAGCAGACACCGACAGUAUCCGCCCAGAAGCCAAAACUCCUUGACUUCUCCGUGCUGAGAGAAGGCAGCUUCAUUUGCUAUGCUCUCUUCGGCCUCUUCGCCACAUUGGGUUUCUUUGCCCCUCAGCUCUACAUCAUCGAGCUGAGCGUGAGCCGUGGCGUAGAGCGCGACCGUGCAACCUACAUGCUUUCCACCAUGGCGGUUGCAGAGAUCUUUGGUCGCAUCUCCAUUGGUUGGGUGCUAGGCAGGAAGCUGUUUAGAGGCAGGAAGCCCUUGGUGCUGCUAGGAUGUGUAGUCCUGCUGUGCCUGGUGCUGGUGGCCUUUACCCUGGUGUGGGAGUUCUGGGGUCUGGCGAUGUGUUGUGGGUUCUAUGGUUUUUUUAUGGGCACUGUGUCAUCAACGCAUAUACCCAUGCUGGCAGAGAAAGAUGUGGUGGGCAUAGAGAGGAUGGCGUCAGCCGCGGGAGUCUAUGUGUUUAUACAGAGCUUCGCUGGGCUGGCCGGACCACCUCUAGGAGGUGUUCUGGUGGACCUGACUCAGAACUACGGCUCAGCUUUCUACUCCUGUGCGGUGGGUAUGGGUUUGGGAGCUGUGUUCCUGGGACUGGUACGACCAGCCAAGAGAGGCUUGCUCUGCUGCAGCAAGAGGGGGCCUCAAAAUUGCCCAGAACCCCUGCAGGUGGGGCCAGGGAACCCUGUACCUCAGCGAGAGGGGAAGGAGACCCAGGACAGAGACAGUCUUCAGGACUUCCUAGAAGUUGACCUUGAGUUGGACCAGAAACAGGAAAUCAUUACUGAAAAAGGCCAACUGAUGACAAUCUCUACUUGAAAAGACAUCACACAACUCAGAAGGAAACCCCAUAAGAGUCUGAACUGAAGUCUUGGUUAAGCUAGUGCUGAUUGAGACAAAUCAGACAAAUAUGUGAAUAAAGACUGCCAUGGACGGAUAA